UUACUCUUUUGGCUUCUUUUCUAUUGUCGAUAUUACAAGCAAUUCGACGCGUAAUUCGAUCGCAUCAAAUUAAUUCGGUUAUUGAAACGCGUAAAAGUAGUGCGGUUAAAUUAUAGUUUGUGUCGGAUUGGGAUUAUAACUAAUUAAAUAUGAGUGUUCCGUUAAAAUAUUCAAAGAUAUUACAUUCCGCCAAUGAAAAACAUCAAAGUAAAAUGAACGUGUUGUAAAAAUGCUACAUUUUCGCGAGUGUUAGUGUAAAAUAAGUAAGAACCAUGAAAUAAACCAAAGCAGCAAGUUUUUAUUCAGUAAUUCACAAAGAACAUGCUGCCGUUUCCAUUGGCUUCUCCUCGCCAGCCGCCAAAUCGACUCGACAAUUUAUCAAAAUAUUUACAUAGACGAGAGAGACCCAAGGCAGACACUUAAAUGCAAGUUGGUGACAAGCCCCCAAUGGAGACACUUGAUUAAACAAAACGUUUACGUUCGGCUUAUGUUUUUUAGGUGAUCUAAUAAUUUACAUGUUUAUAUAACGAUUGUAAAUGGGCCAAGACAGAAUGGCAUCGUCAGUGAUUGUUUUAUACGCACUUAUGUGUAUCGGAUUCUCCACAGCUUCGUUAAAUGAUAAUCCCGAAAUCACCCCCGCAAUAGAUAACAAUUUACCUUUUCAAUAUGACAAUACCUGCUCGAGUCCUCCGCGGAUUAAAAAUGGUAAGGCGUCCGUCGAACAUCGCCGAAGUGGCGAACAUAUUUUUCUUGUGACCUAUUAUUCCUGCAAGAAAAACUACAAACUAAAACGUGCCGAAGAAAAUGCACUCUAUUGCUCAAAUGGGAUCUGGCUUGGCUUGAAACCCAAUUGCACAAAGAUUCGUAAAGGAAAAACGCGUCCGAAGAAGCAAAAGAAAAGAUGUGGGAUUAAUAAUGGCGGUUGUGCUCAUCUAUGCAACAGAUCGACUCAUAAAUGCGAAUGCUAUGAGGGUUAUACCCUGAAUACCACCGAUCUCACAAGCUGUAAUGAUAUCGACGAGUGUAAGGAAUCGAAUGGCGGCUGCUCUCAAGUUUGCUACAACUUUCCUGGUGAUUUCAUAUGCACCUGUAAUAGUGGUUUUAUAAUAGACGAGAUUGAUGAAAAAACUUGCUUGGACAUUGAUGAGUGCGCCGAUCCCAAACUUUCUUGGGACUGUACGGCUGGCUGCGAGAACCUAAAUGGAACAUACAAAUGCCUUCCGUCACUGGUGGGCAGAGUUGAACCCACCGACGGCGAAGGUUUCUCCCCGGGUGAAAUAGUGUGCAGGUCCGGAUUUAAGCUGUCCGCCGAUGGCAGUGAGUGUCAGGAUAUUAACGAAUGCGAUUUGGAGGAUAUAGAUUCAGUUUCUGGGCGAGUGACUUACCCUUACUGUGAGCACAAGUGUGAGAAUACAAUAGGUUCAUAUAUUUGCCAUUGCCCCGAAGGAUAUCAUCUACUCGAGGAUCGUCAUAGUUGUAUUUUGGAUGGCUCCGAAUUACCGCCAGUCAGAGAGGAAACACCAAGGACAACCAAAGCACCCAAUAUACCUUCAAACGAUAUAUGCCCUCUGUUUAAGAGUCCAGCCAACGGAAAGGCUUCUUGCAAUAAGUAUCUCCAAAAUGGCUUCAACUACACUGGUUGCAAUAUUACCUGCAACGCGGGUUAUAUCCUGCAGGGUUCACAAUUCGCGAGUUGUGGACACACCGGUCUUUGGUCCAGUCCAGAAGCCAAGUGCGUGGAAUCCCUCGCAUGGAGCUGUCCAGCUUUGACACCUCCACGCAAUGGACGUUUCUAUCCUGCCAGCUGCAAUAAUGCCCCAUCCAAAUCACACGCGAUUUGCGAGCUGUUAUGUGAUCGUGGCUAUUUGCCCGCCUCGGACUUACAGCUCGUUUGUACGACACCAUGGGGCUGGAUCCAAAGAAGAUGGCAGGCCGAUGGGCCACAAUAUGAGUUUCAGCAAUCAGUGAAACAGGACGAGGGCUGCGUGAAGAUCAUCCACCCUUAACCGGAUUAAUCCACUAAGCUCUUCAUUAAUUUUAACUUAUAAAACGCCACUCUCUUAAAUCAUAAAAAUAAAUUUAACCUAUACUGCACUGA